AAGCAAGCAUGUUUGGUUACGGUUCAAAAGUGUCGAGUCUUUGCUAGUUUUACACCAACAUAAGAAACAAGCAGAAUCAAUCUUCGUUAUUCGCAGAGGCAAAUGGAAGCUGGAGAUGUAACUCACCACAAGGAGAAAAAGGAUAAGGAACACACCGGCGACGCCAAACCGGCAAAGGAAAAAAAGGACAAGAAAGAGAAGAAGGACAAGACCAAGGAAAAGAAGGAGAAGGUUGGGGAGGCGACUGAUGCGACCAAGCUGAGGGCAAAGCUAGAGAAGAUCGAUGUGAAGAUCGACGACUUAAAGGCGAAAAAGCAGGAGAUUGUGACUCGGCUCCAGGAGCUCGAGGGCGCUGCUGCCAAUGUAGCAGCAGAGGCACCCGCGAGCGGAUGACUGGAUGAGGUUCCAACUUUCAAACAAGUUCGUAGAAAAUCAAUACGAGUGACAUUUCUGCAAGUUGGUGCAAGAAUGCAACUUUGGUAUGUCUAUCUGGAGCUAUGUGUGCGCAUCCAGCAUUGUACGAUCACGUAGUGAUGAUUUGCUACACAUGAAUGAAUGUUUAUUAUCCAGAAUAACAUAAUAUGCAUAUGUUUUACAUCAA